GGAUCUUCACGGUGGAAAACAUCCUCGCUCCGACCAGGAGUUUGCAGGAGCGGGGUCGCUGGCGUCAUGAAUGGGCGGCGCGCUGACGGAGAACGGAGGGUGUUUUCCAGCUUUAAAAGAACCGGAGACUGCCCCUUUGCGUCAUCGACCUGGGGAGACUCUUGGAGACCUUCAAUGGGCACACGGCAGAAUAACACCUCAGCCACACUAGUUUCUUGAGCAGCGCUCACCUCAUUCACUCGGCCAGCACUCAUACGGUGUGCAAUACUCACCACAUUAAUAAUCCGUUCAUUAACUUUACUCCGGUAUUUUAUCCGUGCACUAUUUUUUUUUAUUCUUCGUUGCUCAUGCAGACUCCCAGCUGGAGAAAGUUGCGCACGGCUUGUUGCAUGCGGGAUACUCACCUAGAGCGUCUCUUCCAAGUUCAGCCGUGAAGCUCGAGCCAGCAACCAAGUGGGAACUCCACUCAAUCAUCUUUCUCGCCACGAUGAAAUCUGCAGAAGAAGAUGCAUUCAGCUACACACCAAAUGUCACCCUUUCCUUUCCACUUGGGAUGGGCAAUCCAUGUCUGGCCACCCAAUACCACACCUUACAGUCCAGCCCAGUUAUCUCUGUUACGUCUUGCCAUCAGACAGGCUACAACUACCAAAAUGACAACCAUGUAGCAGCAGGUUAUUACCUACCCCAUGGCAUGAGACCAAAUGGGGCUCCAGCCCUGGAAAGCCCUCGAAUUGAAAUCACUGCAUACAGCCAGUGCCCUGAGGAUCAAGUCGAAGAAAGAAAUUGCGAUGAGCACAUCAUCAAAAGGGGUGUCAACUCCAUUGUGACACUAACACUGCCCAAUGCAGAUGGCUACCGUGAUCCCAGCUGCCUCAGUCCUGCGAGCAGCAUUUCUUCACGCAGCUGUAACUCUGAAGCAUCCUCCUUCGAAUCCGGUUUUUACAACUAUGACAACUCCCUACAGAAUUCCCCCUGGCAGUCUCCCUGUGUCUCUCCCAGAGGGUCAUCUUCACUUUUGUCCUGCCCGCAUGCCAGCGGCCCUGCAGCCAACCCUCACAAUUCACCCUCCACAUCCCCUCAGAUUGGAGCAAUGGCUGAAGAAGGCUGGCCAGCUCAGCCGCGUGAUUCCAGGCCCAACUCUCCGUCCCUCAGUGGAGGUGGUGGAUGUAACAAUAUCAGCAUUACUGGAGUAGGGAAGCGAAAGUACAGUUUCAACAACACCACCUACCAGCAAACAUCCUGUUCACCCCACCAAUCUGCUACCCCUUCUCCACAUGGCUCUCCAAGAAUCAGCGUCACAGAUGAAAACUGGCUUGCCAAUGCCAACCAGUACACCAACUCUGCAAUUGUGGCUGCUAUCAAUGCUCUGACCACCGAUGGCCUGGUAGAUAUGGGAGAAGGGAUCCCGGUCAAGACACGUAAGAUGGUUGACCAUUCACCUUCCAUGAGCCUCAAGGUGGAGCCUAGUGGAGAGGAGCUCACUCAUGAGGGAGAGAUUAGUCCCGAAGACUAUCCUUCUCGCAUGGUUUUAAAGAAGGAGAACUACUGCGGAGGGUUCCUGGAGGUGCCCCAACAUCCUUACUCUUGGUCUAAACCCAAGCAUUACCUCAGCCCAUCCCUGCCAGCGCUUGACUGGCAGCUUCCAUCCUGCUCCGGUCCAUACAGUUUACAGAUCGAGUUACAGCCAAAGUCCCACCACAGAGCCCACUAUGAGACUGAAGGCAGCCGUGGGGCAGUUAAGGCUCUUUCUGGAGGACACCCAGUUGUCCAGCUCUAUGGCUACAUGGAAAGCGAGCCGCUCACCCUCCAGCUGUUUAUCGGGACCGCAGACGAUCGCCUCCUGCGACCACAUGCCUUCUACCAGGUCCAUCGCAUCACUGGCAAAACUGUCUCCACUGCCAGUCACGAAGUACUGCAAUCCAACACAAAAAUUCUGGAGAUCCCUUUGCUUCCAGAAAACAACAUGAGGGCUAUAAUUGAUUGUGCUGGCAUCCUAAAGCUGCGCAACUCAGAUAUUGAACUUCGCAAAGGGGAAACGGACAUUGGACGGAAAAACACCCGAGUGAGGUUGGUGUUCAGAGUACAUAUCAACCAGCCCAAUGGCAGGACCGUGUCCUUACAAGCUUCCUCCAACCCCAUCGAGUGUUCCCAACGCUCAGCACAGGAGCUUCCCUUGGUGGAGAAGCAGAGUAUGGACAGCUACCCUGCAACUGGAGGCAAAAUGAUGGUCCUCAGUGGUCUCAAUUUCCUCCCUGACUCAAAGGUGGUGUUCGUGGAGAAGGCCCAGGAUGGUCAUCAUCUGUGGGAGACAGAAGCCAAAGUUGACAAGGACUCUGUCAAACCAAAUGCACUUUUUGUUGAGAUCCCACCUUACCGAAACCAGAGAAUAUCUAACCCGCUGCAGGUAAACUUCUACGUGUGCAAUGGCAAGAGGAAGAGGAGCCAGUACCAGAACUUUACCUAUCUUCCUCCCAGCAUGCCGAUAAUAAAGACAGAACCCAGUGAUGAAUAUGAUUCUUUGGGGACUUCAGUGCUGCCACUGCAUUCAAAACCCUACUUCAAUCAUCCCAGACUAAAUCCCAUCAUGCCUGUUGCUGAUCAUGAUGCUUGUCUGGCUGGUGGAUACCCUCCCUGCCCUUCUCUUAAUGCUGCCAUACCAUCAUCGUCCCCCAAUUCCAGCCCAACCCUGCAUGAUCUCUCCCCUGUGGCAUUCAGCAAGUGCCUCCCAAAUAGUCCCACUCAUGCUGCACCUUCAGGUCAGUUGAUGACAAGCUUCCAGGACAGCAGCAGGCCAAUCCUCACCCAUCCAGCAUCUCCCGACCAUGGCUCUCCCCUAGGUAUGCUUCAAACACAGGGAAGUCCCAGUCACCUCAACAGCCCAGGAACCCAUGGAUUCCACACAGCCUAUGCCAAUAGCAGCCCUUCAUCUUCCCCAACCUCCCAUGCUUCCACUCCCAGUGGGCCAGCAGAGAGUCCAUUUAUCCAGGUCUACAGCCCCAGCCAGGCUCAGGUAGCAGCCACUCCAGCCCAGGCUGGAGGGAACUCACCCAGCCUGUUUCAUGAGGAAUCAAGUCCACCUUCUAUCACCGUCAAACAGGAACCUCAAGAACUGGACCAGAUGUACCUAGAUGAUGUUAACGAGAUCAUCAGGAAUGACCUUUCCAGCAUUUCCGUUCACACUCAUGCAUAGACCAUUGAUCAAGGAUUGUGCAGCAGCAGCAAACACACACACACACACACACACACACACAAACAAACUCACGCACAAUUAUUAACUAAAAACAAUCUAAAUGAGAGAAGAUGAAGAUGAAGAAGAGCCACCAUGACCAGGAUAUCCCAUCCGUCCAGUGUUGCUAUCAGUUCCUUCUUCCUUAAAGACUUGCUGCAGAUUCACAUUGACUGCCUGGAAAAGUUUGAAUAUCUAUUAUGAUUAUGUAAGUACAGUAUAUAUGUAAUAUUAUUUGUACAAAUGGGAAGUGACAUCAAGGGCAACACUUGCCUUAAUUGACAAUGACAAUCUUCAUUUGGAGUGUGAUAUUGAUGUUAUAUUCAUGCAUGGACAAAUUAAUGCAACAAAAGUAACUGUCAUGCGUCAUGACUUUUGUUUGUGUGUUGUCAGACCACGGAAAUACAUUGAAUUGGUGCCUUAUUUGUAGUGAAGAUGACAGACAGCAGCAGACACAGAAAUGCAAAAAUGGACGAAUAUAACCCAAAGUGCAGCGUUUUUUUUUCUAUGACACUUUUGUAUCAUUUUGAUGAUUUGUUUAUGGGGAAAACUGACAGUUUGGAAAUGACGUAGGGAGUAUGUGAACAAAUAGACUUUUUUCUUGUUCUUUAUUCUCAUUGUUCAUUUAUACUGAAUGUUAUGCAUUAUAUACUUUUGUAUAAUCACAAAUUUGACAAUAUGCCUUACAAUUUGUUACUUUCAAAUUGUCUUCCCCAUUCCAGUAUAAUGUUCUUUUUUGUAAUUUUUAUUUCUGCUAUUUAUACUACGCUUCAUUACAGUUGUCACCCUAGUGCCUGUUUUGUCAUGCUCACUCCAUGACAGAGUAAUGCACAGACAAUCAUUCAACAUCACACAACCCAGGACCAAGGUUUCUUCGUGGCAUGAACAUAUUUGGAUAGGAUAGGAUAGGAUAGGGCAGGAUAGAAUAGAAUACUUUAUUGUCAUUGUAUGAUGCAGAUACAAUUUCACAUUUUGAGUUAAACAACGGUAUGCUUACCUGCUGAAUUUAAACUAAAAUACAGUACUCUUAAGCAAUUAACGCUUUACCUUCUUGCACUGUAGAUUUAAUGAGCAGAAGGAUAAUUUGAAUAUGCUACCGCCUCAGUUUUAUUCAUUUUGGUCAUUUACAUGAAGACCUGGCAGGACUCUUACUUCUAACUGGCAAUAAUUGAUUUGAGUAAACCAAAGGAUUUUAUCUUUGGUGAUAUUAUUGUCCAGGUUUCUUUUUUCAGACUUCCAGUGAUUCCGCCCAAUACAAAAAUAUCAUGCACUUUACCAUAGAAAUAGAGGCAGGUGAUAGUGCUCCCUGACCAAAUGUUGUGCUCUUUCCUCCUCUCAUAUUAACCUUUCUUUUUUAUGUUAGCUGUCUUAUGGCGCAUGCACAUUGGCCUAAUAUGUCUUAUUUAGCUGAUAAUGGAUUUUAAUGUAGCUCUUGCAUACAUUUGGGGACCUAUAGUAUAAAAGCAUGACUAAACUAUAUGAGCAAGGUUUCUAUUAUGUGCCUUAAUAUCCUUCUGGGAUUCAAGAUCAUAGACUAUUGCUUUUUGUGUAGGCAUAAGGUGAGCCAUAGGUCUCAUUGAUAUGAUAUAUUUAUGAAAAAUGAAACGUGUUUUAAGUGCAUUUAAGUGUGAAUUCAUAAAUGCUGUAGUAACCAUGCAUAACUUAAGACCCCAAUUAUUUUUUGAGCUGUCAAUAAAGUAAUAUGUUCUGUGUUGGUGUUUACUCUAAA